UGGUCACGUGAGGCCAAACAUUUUCUUCCCGCGCCCGCUGCGUGCGGCACGCGUGUUGACGUCAGGAGGGGAGCGUUCGGGGGACGUCAGGACGCCGUGGUUUUGAAUGACAUCACCCCUCGGCGGCUGCUGCUAAUGCUGAGAGUGGAGAGAGAGGCAGAGACACAGAGAGCAGGGAGAGUCUGCAAGCAGCAACACACACACACACAACCACAUUGGGAUUACACUGCGCUGCAUAAAAGGGAUUAUUCACCAGGAAAAUGUAAAGGCAAAGCAGAAAUAUUUCACCAGAAUGUGCUGCAGCUUACCGAAUUGUGAAAGGCCUGGAUAGAGUGGCUGUGCGGAGGAUGUUUCUACCAGUGGGAGAGUCUAGGACCAGAGGCCAUAACCUCAGAAUAAAAAGGACGCACCUUCCGAAAGGAGACUUGAAUCCAAUCUGAAGACGCAUAGUUACUCUGGGACGGGCUUCGGCUUCCAGGCCAGUAAUGUCAUUGCCAAGGAUGCUGUUACCUACUCACUUGAUGAUGCCAGCUUUAGUCUUCUUCAUGGCUUUGCUGUCCUCGGCCGUGUCUGACACCAUGAUUGAAGCCCCUCCAAGAUUCAUGAAAGUACCCAGUGACCAGAUUGGUGUUUCAGGAGGAGUGGCUUCAUUCAUCUGCCAGGCAACAGGAAGCCCAAAGCCACGGGUUACCUGGAACAAAAAGGGAAAGCGAGUCAGCUCGCAGCGUUUUGAGGUGAUUGAGUUUGAUGAAGGCGCUGGAGCGGUCCUAAGAAUACAGCCCUUGCGGACUCCCAGGGAUGAGGCAGUUUACGAGUGUCAAGCAACCAACGCAAUUGACGAUGUGACCGUCACGGCAAAGCUCACUGUGCUAAGAGAGGACCAGUUGCCCUCGGGCUUCCCCAACAUCGACAUGGGCCCGCAGCUGAAGGUGGUGGAGCGGACACGCACGGCUACCAUGCUGUGUGCAGCCAGUGGCAACCCAGACCCCGAGAUCACCUGGUUCAAAGACUUCCUGCCUGUCGACCCCAGCUCCAGCUCGCGCAUCAAACAGUUGCGGUCAGGUGCUCUGCAGAUCGAGAACAGCGAAGAAACUGACCAGGGGAAAUAUGAAUGUGUGGCGUCGAACAACGCUGGGGUGCGGUACUCUCCUCCCGCUAAUCUAUACGUGAGAGUUCGACGCGUUCCACCUAGGUUCUCCAUCAGCCCACCGUUCAGCCAAGAGAUUGUGCCUGGUGGGAGCGUGAAUAUCACUUGUGUUGCCGUGGGCUCUCCCAUGCCUUAUGUGAAGUGGAUGCUGGGAAGUGAAGACCUGACCCCAGAGGAUGACAUGCCUGUUGGCCGCAAUGUUCUAGAGCUUAGCGGUAUCCAAGAGUCCGCUAAUUACACCUGUGUGGCGAUGUCUAGUCUUGGGAUAAUCAAAACAAUGUCACAGAUUAUCGUUAAAGCACUGCCGAAGCCCCCUGGAACUCCAAUCGUGGUGGAGACCACCGCCACCAGUGUGACAUUAUCAUGGGAUUCUGGCAACCCUGACCACAUCAACUACUACAUUAUUGAAUACAGACCCAAGAGCACAGACGUGCUCUACCAGACCAUCGAUGGCAUCCAGACCCUGCGUUACAGCAUUGGUGGACUGAGCCCGUACUCUGACUACGAGUUUAAAAUCUCUGCUGUCAAUUCCAUCGGUCAGGGUCCACCCAGUGAGACGGUGGAGACACGGACUGGUGAGCAGGUGCCCUCUAGCCCCCCGAGGAACGUUCAGGCUCGGAUGUUGAGCGCCACCACCAUGCUGAUUCAAUGGGAGGAGCCCGAGGAGCCGAACGGCGAGAUCCGAGGGUACCGGGUGUACUACACUAUGGAGCCCCUGCAGCCCGUCAACAACUGGCAAAAGCACAACCUGGAUGACAGCCUCCUCACCACCGUGGCCAACCUGAUACCACAGACAACCUACAGCGUCAAGGUCUUGGCUUUCACCUCUGUUGGCGACGGUCCACUCUCAUCCGAGAUUCAGGUCAAAACUCAGCAGGGAGUUCCUGGGCAACCAAUCAACUUUGAAGCCACCCCUAAAUCUGAGACAACAAUUGAACUGCAUUGGACCGCACCCAGACAAGAUGAAAUCAUCAGUUAUGAGCUGUACUAUCGCGAUGAUGACCAGGGGAAGAAGGAAGUGGUAAGCUUUAAGCCUAGCACGACACACAUUGUGACCGAGCUCCACCCCAACACUCUGUACUACUUCCGGUUGGCUGCACAUUCCUCACACGGCCUUGGCGCUUACACCUCCGAGAUCUCUGCCCGCACUCUUCAGGCCAAACCAUCCGCCCCUCCUCAAAAUGUAAAGUGCACCAGUCCCAGUUCCACCAGCAUUCUGGUAAGUUGGUGGCCACCACCACCAGAGAGUCAAAAUGGCGACCUGGCAAAGUACAGUAUCAGGUACCAAGCGGUGCAGGGAGAGGACACGGAGACCCAUGAGGUGAAGGACAUUCCACCGAAGACCACGCAGAUGCGGCUAGAGGCACUGGCGAAAUGGACUGAGUACCGGGUGACGGUAGUCGCACACACGGUGGUGGGACCAGGUCCAGAGAGCGCACCUGUAAUCACUCGCACAGAUGAAGAUGUGCCGAGUGCUCCCCCUCGCAAAGUGGAGGUUGCAGCAUUAAACUCCACUGCCUUGAAGGUAAUGUGGCGGUCUCCUGUACCAAACAAGCAACAUGGCCAGAUCCGGGGCUACCAGGUUCACUAUGUGGAAGUGGUGGAUGAAGAGGCCAGGGGACGGCCACUGAUAAGGGAUAUCAUGCUGACCGACGCUCAGGAGAUGACCAUCGCUGGGCUGCAGCCAGAAACAACAUAUUCCAUCACUGUAGCAGCCUACACAACCAAAGGCGAUGGUGUACGCAGCAGGCCGAAGCUCGUGGUGACCAAAGGUUCAGUCCCCAACAGACCCACACUCUCAGUCCGUCUCAUGCAAGACAACUCAGUUGUGUUAGAAUGGCAGGCUCCUUUGGAAGCAUUUGGUCGAGUCCUUGGCUAUCAGCUUCGGUUAGGGCGUACGGAUGUAUUGCCCCUGACGACACUGGAGUUCUCGGAGCAUGAGGAUCACUACGUGGUCCGCAGCCUGCACAAAGGUGCCACCUACGCAUUCAGGUUGGCCGCCCGCAACGGCGCUGGUGUCGGGGUGGAGGACGUUAAGCAGCUCGCUCUCCCAGAGGACGUGCCCAAAGGCUACCCGCAGAUCCUGGACUUGCCGAAUGUCACCACCUCAUCCCUUCAGUUUGCCUGGCAGCCCCCAGUCUUGGCAGAAAGGAACGGCGUCAUCACUUCAUACACUGUUUCCUGGAGACAGUCAGGUGCCCAGAGCAGUCCCACCGAAGUGUCCACCACAUCCUCCCAGUCUAGCCUCACAUUGGACAGCCUUAAACCGGAUACCAGUUAUGACAUUAAAGUCAGGGCACAAACCAAUAAAGGCCCUGGCCCUUACAGUCCUGCUGUUCAGUAUCGGACCAUGCCACUGGAUCAAGCAGUUUUCCCUAAAAAUUUCCGAGUAAAGCUUGCCAUGAAGACGUCUGUGUUGCUUAGCUGGGAGAUUCCGGAGCACUACAACUCUCCCAUUCCAUACAAGAUCCAGUAUAAAAAUGGCCAGGUGGUCGAGGUGGAUGGGCGAGCCACCAAGAAGCUGAUCACUAACCUUGAACCGGACAAGGAGUACUCCUUCGUGCUGACGAAGCGCGGCAACACGGUGGGUGGGCUGCAGCAAACGGUGUCUGCCCGCACUGCCCCAGCCAUCCUGGGCACCAAGCCGUACUUCAUCAAGAAGGUGGAGCCUGACGGGACCCUGUUGGUCCGGAUGCCAGAGGUGGAGACGGUGACCCCAGUCAUAGCCUAUUACAUUGUCGUGGUUCCGCUGAAGAAAUCUCGUGGCAAGUUUAUCAACACCUGGCACAGCCCCGACGAGAUGGAUCUGGAAGAGCUCCUCCAGGACCUGAUGAGGCGCCGGCGCAGAAGCCUCCGUUCCCGCCGGCAACUAGGCCACACCAAGCCCUACAUCGCUGGGUCCUUUGAUGUUCUCCCGCAGGAGUUCAUUCUUGGUGACCAACGAUUUUAUGGUGGGUUUGAGAACAAACCACUAGAGGAGGGCAACAAAUACGUGUUCUUCAUCCUGGGCGUCCUGGACAUUCCAGAAGCGAAGAUGUUUGCAGCAAGCCCGUACUCUGAUCCCAUCCUGUCAGCAGACCCUGACCCACAGCCUAUAAUCGAUGGAGAAGAGGGUCUCAUCUGGGUGGUGGGCCCAGUGCUGGCGGUUGUCUUCAUCAUCUGCAUUGUAAUUGCCAUCCUACUCUACAAAAAAAAACGCAAAGAAAGUGAUCCCAGGACCAAGUGUCUUCUCAACAAUGCUGAAGUGCCAUCCCAUCAUCCCAUGGACCCGGUCGAAAUGAGACGCAUCAACUUUCAGACGCCAGAAUCUGUUGUCAGCAGUCCCCUCAGUGAACCCGAAUUUGCAAGCAUGAUGAGUCACCCACCAAUUCCCAUCACAGAGCUCGCUGAACACACGGAGCAUUUGAAAGCAAACGACAACCUGAAGUUUUCACAGGAGUACGAGUCAAUUGAUCCGGGUCAGCAGUUUACAUGGGAACACUCAAACAUGGAGGUGAACAAACCCAAAAACCGCUACGCCAACGUGAUUGCCUAUGACCAUUCCAGAGUUAUCUUGGCACCGAUCGAGGCCCCCUCCUCUCUGCUCCCACUGGCAGGUAUCUCGGGCAGUGAUUACAUUAAUGCAAACUACAUCGAUGGCUAUCGGAAGCAGAAUGCCUACAUCGCCACACAGGGACCACUCCCAGAGACGUUUGGGGAUUUCUGGAGGAUGGUCUGGGAGCAGAGAAGCGCAACCAUUGUCAUGAUGACAAAACUGGAAGAAAAAUCUCGGGUGAAGUGCGACCAAUACUGGCCCAGCCGAGGGACAGAUACCUACGGAAUGAUACAGGUGACUCUGUUGGACACCAUUGAGUUGGCCACCUUCUGUGUUCGAAAUUUCUGCCUACACAAGAACGGCUCCAGUGAGAAGAGGGAGGUGCGCCAGUUUCAGUUCACAGCUUGGCCUGAUCAUGGCGUUCCAGAAUAUCCCACUCCCUUCCUAGCUUUCCUAAGAAGAGUGAAAACCUGCAAUCCUCCAGAUGCCGGCCCCGUGGUGGUACACUGCAGCGCUGGGGUUGGUCGGACUGGCUGCUUCAUCGUCAUCGACGCCAUGCUAGAGAGAAUAAAACACGAGAAGACGGUUGACAUCUAUGGCCAUGUGACGCUGAUGAGAUCUCAACGGAACUACAUGGUACAGACAGAGGACCAGUACAUUUUUAUCCAUGAUGCACUGCUGGAAGCAGUGGCUUGUGGGACCACUGAGGUGAUGGCCAGGAAUUUGUACUCUUACAUUCAGAAACUCACCCAAGUUGAGACAGGGGAGCACGUCACAGGCAUGGAGCUCGAGUUCAAGCGCCUGGCCAAUUCCAAAGCUCACACGUCCAGAUUCAUAAGUGCCAACCUUCCGUGUAAUAAGUUCAAGAACCGCCUGGUCAACAUCAUGCCGUACGAGACGACGAGGGUUUGUCUACAGCCAAUUCGCGGAGUGGAGGGCUCCGACUACAUCAAUGCUAGCUUUAUCGAUGGAUACAGGCAACAGAAGGCAUACAUUGCCACGCAGGGUCCUUUAGCAGAGACCACAGAGGACUUCUGGAGAAUGUUGUGGGAGAACAACUCUACCAUCGUUGUCAUGCUUACUAAACUGCGAGAAAUGGGUCGCGAGAAGUGUCACCAGUACUGGCCGGCUGAGCGAUCCGCCAGGUAUCAGUACUUUGUUGUGGACCCGAUGGCAGAGUACAACAUGCCGCAAUACAUCCUCCGUGAGUUCAAAGUCACAGAUGCAAGGGAUGGUCAGUCAAGAACUGUCCGACAGUUCCAGUUUACAGACUGGCCAGAACAAGGAGUGCCAAAAUCCGGUGAGGGCUUCAUCGACUUUAUUGGGCAAGUGCAUAAAACCAAGGAACAGUUUGGCCAAGACGGUCCCAUCUCAGUUCACUGCAGUGCUGGAGUUGGCAGGACUGGGGUCUUUAUUACACUCAGCAUCGUCUUGGAAAGAAUGAGGUACGAAGGGGUAGUGGACAUUUUCCAGACUGUCAAGAUGCUCCGAACACAGCGGCCAGCCAUGGUGCAGACAGAGGAUGAAUAUCAGUUCUGCUAUCAAGCGGCAUUGGAGUACCUUGGGAGUUUUGAUCAUUAUGCAACGUAAAAAGCCAUUGACCAGCAAACUCAACAGGCCACAAUGGACACGGAGCACCUCUUCUGAGCCAUAUAGCGUGCUUGAAAAGUACUUUAAUUCUAACCACCGCCAGGGGAAGAUAUUUCAGAUGGACCCUUAGGGAACUCAAUGUUGUAACCCAGAAGAGAAGAAGGACCCUGGUCUGUUGGGGAAUCAUCUUAAUUGUUGGACAAGUCCUACUUACCUCAAGUGUUCAACUGUGGUGAACUGGAUCUGGAUUUACUCUAUGGACUGUCUGAUGAAAUAUCAAGGACUCACAAGCAAAAGUCAUUCAGAAAGUGGAUGAGGGGAAAAUAUGAAAAGAUGGGAACCUGUCUUUGGUUACAUCAUUAGAGUUCUGCUUGCUUAAAAAAAAAUCCUUUUAUUAAUCAAAGCUGUGGAAAAGCAUUGAAGGAUUCUGCUCACAAAACCACAUUUACUGCAGAUGCCCUUUCUGAUUGGGUUGUCUACUGUGUAGUCAUUAUGGUCCAUAUUUUGUUUUGUCCCUCUGGUAUAGCCCCCGGGCCAUGCUUCAUCUAAGCAUGCUCUUCAUCUGUGCCUUCUCUUUGCAUCGGAUCCCAGUGUGAACCUUGGGGUAUUUUCAUGAAUAUGUCCCAUUCUUGUAUUAUUUUAGCGAGAGGACACAAAGAAGCUGCACAUAGGGAAGGCUAUCAGUUUUAUCUGAUUGUGGCCACCUUUCGAGAGAUGCAUAAGAUUGGAAACAUGAGAGAACUUUUCCCUUCAGUCUAGUUGAAACUCUGAGGCAGGUAUAAAGACAUCACCUCAGUUGGUGGCUCCCAGAUACCGACCGGAAGUGCAAGGGGUUCUUUCAGUGACACGCAAUGGGCUUUGGUCUGAGAAAACAAAGGAAGAGUCAUUCUGUAGUGCAGUCAUUUUGUUUGGGCGGAAAAUAACUUAUAAAAGAUCCUUUCUUUUUAAUAAGAAUGAGGGAUUGUGAAAGUAUGAGUCAGUUAAGAGGAGAGUAGAAAGUAAUGCAAAACAAGGAAAAAAUAAAUUAGAAAGAAUAUGUUAUAUUUAUAGGUAAAACAUAGGGUAUAAAGAAGGGUCUCCUCCCUGAAACGUCACUUAUUCCUUUUCCCCAGAUUUUCAGCCUGACCCGUUGAGUUACUCUAGCUUUUUGUGUCUGUCUUUGGUUUAAACCAGCAUCUGUAGUUCCUCCCUAUAUUUAUAGGUUCCAGCCUGAAGCAUCCCUUGAUCAUAAGUAUAAACUGAGUCUUUCAUCCAUCUGGUAAAUAAGCCAAAUGAGAAUGAUGUAAUUUUCAUCUGAGGUUCAAAAAUAGCGAGUUGCAAGAGGGCCAAACACAUUGGCACUCUUCUAAUUGUUGGGGCAGGAGCUGUUGAAGAGUUUUAAUCCAUUUUCAUCACAGUAUUUGCUUAGGCAUUCUGUUCUUGGUUGUCUGGGGCCUGCCCUUCCACUGAUGGGAUGUCAUCAGUGAGAUCCACAAACACAAAUGCUGGCACUAUUUAACACCCUGUUCGCACUGUUAUGAUGCAAUAAGGCUUCCAAUUGUCCUUGCCUGGAAGAGAGAAUGGAAUUUGGCUCGACCAAUGCCUCCUCUAGUUGGGUAAAAAAGUAGUUGGAUUUUAACAAAAUAUUGUAAAACAUAGAAAACCAAAAUAUGA